AUGAAGGAGCUGGAGACCUCCUCCAACUCCUCCUGUCUGCACACUCCUCAGAGCCCGUACCUAGAUCUGGCAGUAGCCCGGAACAAUGAUGAGGACCACAAGUGUCGCCAGUCCCAACUGAAGAGGAAGUGUCAGGUCCUUGUGAUAGAGAAAGCAGCCUUGAAGCUCCAGAUGAAGAAGCUUGAGACAUCCAGGUUCCUGCCACAACAAGUGCACGCUGUGAGGGAGAAGCAGGACCUGCAUCAGGUCCAGGAGCCAGACACCUGCUUGGCUGAUGUAAGCAGGCAGAAAGAGCCUCCAGCAGGGCCCAGUGAGGAAGAACAGCAGCUGCAGGUGGAGGCUGAGCAGUGGCAGAAGCAGCUGGAGAGCCUGGUGGGUCAGCUCUGGGCUCAGGUAGAGGACAAUAAGGGUCUGAGCCACCUGAACUGGGAGCAGGAGGAGUGGCUGCUGGAGCUAUGUUGGAACAUGGAGGUCACCAUUGUGCUGCAGUCAGGGCAGCAUGUGAAGACAGAGCUGGCUGAGAAGUUAGCGGGCGCGCGGGGUCUGCGGCCGCCGCCGUCGCUUGGUCGCCGUGGGUCUGCGGGCGGCGGCGGCGGCGGCGGUCGCGGGGCUGUGAGCGAAUUCUCCGGGCGGACGAGGGAAGAAGCGCAGCCCCCGGGCCCCGAGUCCAUCUCCAUUGCCCUGCGCAUCGCUGAGGACGAGAAAGCAGGACAGAAGGAGCGAGCUGUGCGGUGGAGGGAGAAAGGUUCUGAAGAACUAGAGAAAGGAAUAGCUGUCCUCAUGACAGGACAAGGCCAGCAGCGUGCAAGAGCGAGACGCCUUCCAGCCAACACGAUGACUAACUUGACAUGCCGCAGUGGACAUGUCCAGUCAGAAAGUGGAGCUGUUCCGGGAAGAAAAGAUCCCUUAACACACACUGGUCAUUCACUGCCUCGUUCAAAACCAGUUAUGAAACCUGGAUCCAGAGGUCCAGGCCACCACAGAGCGCCCAGUUGCACUCGUUCAUGCACGGCUUCUGGAGUGAGACGGGGGCCUGGUCCUGCCACUGCCACUGCCACUGCCACUGCCACUCACAAGGGCACUCCAAAAACAAAUAGAACAAAUGAACCUGCUACCCCUACAACUGCCGUUCGUAAACACAAAGACUUGCGGGAUUUUAGGAAUGUGGACAGCAACCUUGCUAACCUGAUAAUGAACGAAAUUGUGCACAACGGAACAGCUCUUAAAUUUGGUGAUAUGGCUGCUCAAGAGACGGCAAAACAAGCGUUGCAAGAAAUUGUUUUGUGAAGGAAUCGUUAUUGUCUUCCUUCUCUGAGGCCUGAGUUGCUCACAGGGCUCAGGGCUCCUGCCAGACGAUUGUCACCCUUUGGUCCACCUGGAAAUGGGAAGACAAUGGUGGCUAAAGCAGUCGCUGCAGAAUCUAACGCAACCUUCUUUAACGUAAGUGCUGCAAGUCUGACUUCAAAAUAUGGGGGAGAAAGAGAGAAAGUGGUGAGAGCUCUUUUUGCUGUAGCUCGAGAACUUGAACCUUCUAUAAUUUUUAUAGAUGAAGUUGAUGGCCUUUUGUGUGGAAGAAGAGAAGGGGGGCACGAUGCUAGUCGACAACUAAAAACUGAAUUUCUAGUAGAAUUUGAUGGCGCACGAUCUGCUGCAGAUGACAGAGUAGCUGUAAUGGGUGCAACGAACGCAGAGCUCGAUGAGGCUGUUCUUAGGCGUUUCAUUCAACAGGAAUAUGUGUCUUCACCAAAUGAGGAGACGAGAUUACUUUUACUUAAACAUCUGUUGUGUAAACAAGGAAGCCCAUUGACCCCAAAAGAACUAGCACAACUUGCUAGAAUGACUGAUGGACACUCAGGAAGUGAUCUAACAACUUUGGCAAAAGAUGCGGCGCCGGGUCCUGUCCAAGAACUGAAACCAGAACAGGUGAAGGAUGUGUCUGCCAGUGAGAUGAGAAAUCACCGACUCUCUGACUUCACUGAGUCCUUGAAAAUGAUGAAACUCGGCGUGAGCCCUCAGACCUUGGAAGCGCACAUCAAUUGGAACAAGGACUUUGGAGAUGCCACCGUGUAA